GUUUUGUUUAGAGGUGUUAUUUUAAUGCAGAGUUUCACAUCGGACAGCAAAUAAGUCUUUGUUACUUUGUGCCAAAUGGAGGGUCCUUAGCUCUGUCUCUUCAUCUCUCUCUCUCUCUCUCUCUCUGUCUGAGCUUCUUCUCUCUGCUCAACCCAAGCCGGAAAUCGAUCUUUUUCGUUAGCCACUGAUCCACAACUUUCUUCAGGUUAGGAAAAAUUGGAGAUUUUGAAGUGAGAAUUGCCAUUUUUCAUGUCACCUCCACUGCUUGGUGUUGGGGAGGAGGAGGGUCAGAGCAAUGUCACUUUACUGACCUCCUCUGCCUCCGCUGACAGCUUAUGCCGCAGCAGUUCUGAAUUGAAAGAGCGUAACUACAUGGGAUUAUCCGAUUGUUCAUCGGUGGACAGCUCAGUAGUGUCCACUGAGUCUGAUGAGAGUAAACGUAGCACUCUGAAUCUGAAGGCCACAGAACUGAGGCUUGGACUACCUGGAUCCCAGUCCCCUGAAAGAGAUCCUGAACUCUGCUUGUUAAGCUCCACUCAACUCGAUGAGAAACCCCUCUUCCCCAUGCAUCCUCUGAACGAUGGUCACUACUCUUCUUCGCAGAAGACUGUUGGUUCGGGCAGCAAAAGAGGAUUCUCCGAUGCUAUGGACGGAUUCUCGGAGGGAAAAUAUCGUGCUAAUUCAGAGGUUGGUGCGAUGCUGUCUCCAAGGCCUUCAAAAACUGGUUCUGUGAUUGAGAACCUUGGGACUCAAUCGGCUAAUGCAAAAGAAGUUGCACCGCCAAAGAUGGUACAAGAGAGGCCUCGUGCUGCCAAUGAACCCAGGCCAAGUCCUAAUGGUGCUGCAAAUAGUAAUAGCAGUGCGCCUGCUACAAAGGCACAGGUAGUGGGUUGGCCACCUAUAAGAUCGUUUAGGAAGAACUCGUUGGCUAGUUCGAAGAACACUGACGAAGUGGAUGGAAAAUCAGCACCUGGUGCUCUCUUUGUUAAGGUUAGCAUGGAUGGUGCUCCUUAUUUGAGGAAAGUAGACUUAAAAAAUUACACUGCAUAUCGAGACUUGUCUUCUGCUCUCGAGAAGAUGUUCAGUUGUUUUACCAUUGGUCAAUAUGGAUCUCAUGGAACUCUGGGCAAGGAGAUGCUGAGUGAGAGCAAGCUGAAGGAUCUCCUUCAUGGCUCAGAGUAUGUUCUUACAUAUGAAGAUAAAGAUGGUGACUGGAUGCUUGUGGGUGAUGUCCCAUGGGAGAUGUUUACUGAUACAUGCAAGAGGCUCAGAAUCAUGAAGGGCGCCGAUGCCAUUGGCCUAGCUCCAAGGGCCAUGGAGAAGUGCCGGAACAGGAACUAGCUAGCUCUGACAUGAUUAAUCCUAUCCUUUGAGCAGUCUACCAGAUAUCAUGACAAGGCAGCGGAAAAGCAAAAUAAACCAGAUUUUCGUUGGAGGAUGUUGAAUGGUGGGGUGUUGGACUGGAUCGGAGAUCAUGAAUUGGCUGGCUUUAUUGUUACUAUCUUUAUGUUUUUUGUUGCCAUGGAAUUAAUGUUCUGUUAAGGUAUGUUUCUAGUUUAUUACAUAUGUAAACUGCUAAGACCCUAUUAUAUGUGGGAGUACUGCAGUAUUCUCUCUGGCCAAUUUCCUGUUCUGAUGCAGGAUCCUUUAGUAUGUAAAUUGCAUUGUUUGUGAACUCUUAUGUGUGUGUGUAUGAUGAUCAAAGACCUCCCAAGUUUUCUCUCA